GGAUGCCUCCACCGAGCGGCCGGUGCUACAUUAGGUUUGGUUGGCCGGGUCAGUGCGCGUCCCACUGUGUCAGUAAGUUACACACACGGACACAGACACUCUGGGCAAUGAGAGAGCGACCUUCCUUCUCCUCCCUCCCUCCCACACUCACUCACACACACUCUCACACACACAAACAGCUUCUCAACUCGUCAUUUAAAAGAAGUUUCCCGUUGCGGAGGAGACAGAUAAGAUCCAAGCGGAAGGCAGAAGCUGAUCAGAAAAUAUAUAUCUGUAUGAACACAGUGCACAACUAUAUCUUGCUGCACAAUUAACUACCCCUGGGAACCUCUGAACUUAAACAGAUCUAUACCAUGGAUUUAUAGUUAAGCCUUCAAAAAUCAAACAAGACUUAUUUUCUUCUUGUUACAAGAUGUACCUGAUGAGCGCAGGCACAGGUGCUUUUGCAUGUGAUUUGCCUAUGGGGCAGUAGCAGGACAGCGGUGGGUCCUGGACUAGAAACACUCACACAGCACCGGCUGCAGCAGCACAAGAACACAGGCGUGCGAGGGGCGGAGCCAUGGUGGGACAUAGGCUGGAGGAGCGGUCCUAAAGCCUGCUGGAUGCUGCUAAAGUAUAACAAGCUGCCGAUAGAGGUGAGAACAUUUUCUUCAGCAUCAGUUUUUAGUUUUUGAGCUGCCAGACACUGUUGGGGAGGCUAAGCCUCCCUAAGCCUUAAUGAAGAUCCACCUAUGAAGUCUGUGCUCUUAUGGACGCCUCCCUGUGACUCCAGACACACCGGCAACACAGACAUGCCACUGGCAUUCCUCCUCUCCUCCAGGCACCUUCUCUGGAUCCUCCUAGCUUCUCCUUUAAUGGCGGUUGAAGGCUGCAAUGAGGCGUUGUACAGCCAUGUCAUGAACGAAUUCUGUUUGCAACAUUUCGAGAUAGAAAUGGAAGAGCUGGGAAAGAAGCUGUGGUGUGACUGGGGAGAGACAGCAGGGAUGUAUGCAGAUCUCACAAACUGUACAGUUAUUUUGGCUGCAAAUCUGGAUUGUUUCUGGCCUAACCACAUGGUGGAUCAUUUCUUCAUAGUUAUUCACAAGAAGUACUUCAGCACCUGCUCACUGACAGGACGCCUUCCAGCCGACCCUCCGUUCCCCAUUCUUUGUUCCUUCAUCUUUGUCCCUGUCCUCAUUACCAUGCUGAUGACGGCCCUGGUGGUGUGGAGGAGCAAACGGAGUGAAGGGAUUGUCUGAUAGGCGUGACACUUAUUCCCACUCUCAAUUCCACUCCCUAACUAAAGGUUUGGAGAAGGAAAAUAAGACCCAGUUCUCCAGUUUGUAUAGAGACAAGACUUCAGGCUUUGCAUUAAACAGUCCAGUAAAAUCCUGUUGGAAACAUCACAGAUGCCCUGACUCAGUACGGUACUUGAUGUGGCAUCAGUUCUACUAGGCUGGGUUUUGACGGGAAGCCGGGGACUCAAGACCAAGAGGCUCUCCACAACAAUCGAGGAGCUUAAUGAGGUUUUGUUUGCUGAAAUUAAAUACAAGAAAUUAAGAGCUGCCUUCAAGACCUUAAACAUGUCAUUUAAGUUGAAGAGAUCUUUAUAUCAUCAGUCCUCAGGAAGAAGUCACAUUGCAUAUGGUAUUGUGCGUAUCUUAUUCUGUAUUACAGUACAGGCCUGAUCACUGGACACUCUUGUUCCCAUAAUAAGCUCAGUGGAGGCGGCCAUGUUAGCUGUAGCUCUAAUCUAGAAACCUUUGCUCAAUGGACCACUUUAUAAGUUUGCCUAUAAUGGAAAAGCUAAUUGAUUACCUAGGCCUGUCUCAGAGCUCUACAUUCAUAGCAGUCUAUAGGAUGCCACAGGAGCCAGGGACUUAUGUGCAGAUACUUGCUGAGGUGGAAGAAACAUUAUGAGGAGGCACAGACACUUUGCAACUGCUAGAGUUACCCCCAUACAUAACCAAGAAGGUGCCAAAUCACACAGCUUGGACUUGUGACCAGAGUCCGCUUGGAUAUGGCAGGAAAGCUUGCUUUCUGUUGGACAAAAAAAAAAACAAGUGGCUUUUCUUGUCUUCUUAUUUAUCAAUAUAUUGUGUUCCACAUAGGAUCAUCCCAUCUUUACCCUUAUACCAGAAUGGCCAGCUGGCCAUGUAAUAGCACAAGUCAUACAUUUCAUUGGGGGAGCAAUCUCUAACUGGCAGCCCUCCAUCUGUCAGAGAAACAUUGGCUCACUUCUGAAGGACUGUAUGUGCUUUAUUAUUGAUUGAACCUUUCAGUUACACUCCCUGAGAACUUUCUCAUGAUGCAGAAAAAAAUGAAAACGUUUUUUUAAUCAGUCAAUAAAAGAGUUUAUAUUC